GCUAAUGGUCCAUAUUGUACAAUACAUCACGUACACGAUUUUUUGAAGAGAAAUUCGAAAUUAUUAACUUUCAUUCAUUAAACAAAGUAGUGUAAGCUUUAGUAAUCGACAGUUUAUGAUCUCAAUUUUAAAAUCAUGGCUUUAACUGCGGAGAGGCUUAGAAACAACGAAAGGUUUUCUGGGGAGAACGUUACGCAAUUUCUCCUUUUUUUGCCAUUAGGACUAUGCCUGUUUGUGGUUCGGACAAUUUUGGCUUUAAUCUUAUGGGUGGCUUCGAUAAUAUUGCCGAACAAAUCGACGGUCAGGCAGAUGCUUUCUACCCUCGCAUGUUGGACAUUCGGAGUGUACGUGAAGGUCAAAGGGCAGCGUGACGCCCGCUGCAGUAUGCUGGUGGCCAACUAUGCGUCCUGCCUGGAUUCGUUGGCCGCGGCACAUGCCCUAGGAACUAUCAGUCUACGGAAGUGGAAGGUGCCGCCAUUUUUUGCGUCAACGCUAGGCAUCAGAAACGCAGCCCAGUUUGUUAGAAAAGAACACUUCGGGGACUGCACGAGCGCGCCGCUACUCGUACAGCCGGAGGGCGGGCCGGCGAACGGCCGCGGGCUGCUCCGGUUCGCCGACUGGCCUUUCCCGGUCGCUCAGCGCGUGCAGCCAGUCGCCAUUGAGGUUGAAAGAGUAUUCACAGCAGUGACAGUGCACACUGGUCACGACGGGUUCCCGUGGCGCGACGCGCUAUGGUUCCUACUCGCCCCGGUCACGGUGUACAAACUGACCCUCCUGCCGACCUGCGAAGUCACCGAGGCGGCCACAGUUAUCGCUGAACACUUGCAGAUAGAAGCGACAGACAUCGAAUACUCAGCAUUGUGCAGGUCUGCUGCACCGCGGAGUCCCGCCGCGACCGGUCCUUCUCGAGAGCUACUGCGGCGCGCGCAGCAAGUCAAAGAAGUCCUACCGAGGGUGCCACUUAGGGAUAUUAUGAGGGAUCUUGCCAUCACUCGCAGUGUGGACGUGACAGUGACGAACUUCCUAGAAGGGGUGACUCCCUACACGCCCGAGCCCGCGCCCGCGCAGGGCUCCGGCGCUGCACCGCCGCAGGCCGGGCCCUCCGCGCCGAGAUACGUGACUCCGCCUGUCCAGGCGCCCUUCCCAAAGAACGCAAAGGAGCGCCAACUCAGCUUCCAAGAGCGGAAAGCGCAGAUGAUCGCCGAAGCGCGCCAGAGGUAUAUAGAGAAGCAUGGCCUCAAUCUCUCCAUGGUCGGCUAACGAUUAUAUUUGUUUCUAUAUAUUUUGUCAUAUAAUUUUAGUUAAGACGUUCUAUCAGUGUAUAACCCUUUUGAGAAUGCUAAGAAGUCGAUAUUGUAAAUUAUUAAAGCUACGUCUUGGGCUGUUUUUGUUAUAUUGUCUUUUAUUUCAUUUCUGUCAGAUUUUGAUAAAAAUUGAUACAUCAGUAUUGUGUUUAGAGUUCAAUAUAAGCUCAAAUUCGCCGAUCUUCCACUGAAUUACACAAAGGACAGAAUUUACAUACAUUUUUUGUGUAUUUAAUGCAUAUUCCGAUUAUUCUGAACAGAAAGAGGAGCUUUCCUAACCGACCAUAUUCAUCAAAAUCUGACAUAAAAGUAAAAUUUAUAAAAAAUAGCCGUAUUGUACGACCGAAAAUCGGCUUCGCAACAUUUUCAGAAUAGUAUUUACAAGUGAUACGGUAGAAUGCUCUUAGGUCGAUUGACUUUUUGCCGUCUCUCACAAGAAAAUAAUGCUUUAAACAAUCAAUAAAAGACACUAAAGAGGUAUUAGAAAAAGUUAAUUGACCACAAUAUAUUAUUUGACCGCUGUCACUUAUACGUGACUGGACGAAGUGUUAACAAAUCACUAUAUCCCUCAAUUUGAUAUCAUAAUUUAUCCAAAUAUUUUUUGUUCUCAUUUUUAAUAAGGAAAACCGUUGACUGAUCACAAUUUAAACUUUUCUUUACUUAGUUCUUAUAAUAUUGUGAUAAUUUAGGCGUUUAUUCUCGUAAUGGGUGAAACACCAAUGUAUGUAAGAUUUAAAUUCCCAAGUAGUAUGGCAUAGCGUUCAUAGGUUUAAUACGAGAAAAUGAAAAAUGGCAGAUUUAUCCGUAAAUUAAAUUAUUAAGUAACAAUUUUGUUAUGAAAGCCACCAUUACGCAAUUUUUUACCUUUUAACCACAUUGAGCGCUAAACCAUUUUCUUCAACGCGGUUAAAAGGUUAGAUUUAACAACUACAAUUUCAUUAUUUUUAGAUUGUCAUUGCUGUUAUCGCCUACUGUAUAAUAGUGAUAUUUUUUUGCUAUUUAUAAGAAAUUUUAUGUAAAUUUAGGACUAAGUUUUGGUUCCUUAUAAUCCUUAUAUUGUGUUCUUCAUUUGAUUGAAAUAUCUAGUUUCAUUUGCCUCGCAUGAGAAUUAAAAUGAAAUUACAUCUAGCUAUUAUAUUCCUAAUACAGUCAAUGUCAUUAACAUGUAUUAAGUUUAACCUUAAACCUAUUAUUUAAAGUUUUCAUGUUGAUAGACUUGAAUGUAAAAAAAUGCUUCCGUCUCUGAAUGAAAAGCAUUAAAUAUUGUUCAAAUUUAUAUUAGAAAUGUCUUAAACACUCUCUAUUCAAGAGAUUAAAUUGAAAUUAAAUUAGAUGAACGAAGGAUACUAUGUCUGCAUUUUACGUAAUUCGACCAUACUUUUGUUGAAAUAAGGUGGAAAAUUUUUACGUCAAAUGGAGUCGUAUUAUCCACGUGAUUGUACUGUACCUUGAUUUACAUGAGUUAUAUUAAUAAAUAGGAUAUUUCCUACUGUUUGUCUUAAUCGGUAUCCCAGUUUAUUUCCACUGACAUAAGACGACGACUCAAGUCAAUAGCCAACCGUCGUUCGCUUGUAAAUUCCGACCAGAGAUCUGUAAAAUUUUCAGGAAAGUAAUCUUAUGUUAACCGUAUUCAAGUUACAAACGGAGUAAUGUAAAGAUUGACACGCGAUUGCUGUAUGCUCCAUGUGCAAGCAGGAUAUUAUCAGGCAUUAUUUAUAUGGUUACUUUCCCUUUUGACCACUUGUCCUCUAUACGUGACAGAAUUAAUUUUGUAGUCAAUAGCGGUUAAGUUUACCCUUUGAACGCCAUCAUCAGGAUGUAGGUUGAUAUUAGGCUCUAGCUUAGCGCGCUGUUUAAUGUCAUUGACGGCCAAAGGGUUAAAACUGUAAAUUUAGGCUGUAAAGUAUUUUCGGCUCAUUAAUAAAAUUAAUCAAAUAGAUACAGUGUUUCAGUGAUAUAUUCAGUGUUUUUUAUCAAAUGAACGUAGUCGUGUUUAGUAAUAAUUCAAACACAAUAAAUAUUUUUGUGAGAUAAAUGUUAGCUUUAGUAACAUGUGCCUAAAAUGCUAAAAUAUUCACUGGCGUACCUACUGGUGAAGAGGCUGUAGAGAUAAGUAAGUAAAUUAGAUUUAUAUUCAAAAUUAUUGGCAGUGAUCUCACUUUUAUACUUCCAUUUUGUAAAUAAAUAGUAUAAAGUGAAAAUAUCCGUCAGUCACAGCGUAAAAAAUAUGACGAUAAUGAGCAAAACU